AUGACCGUCAACGCUCCCGCGACGUCCAACGGGAACGGAGCCACCGCCCGUACCGCACCCCUGUCCAAGACGGAGCAGAUGGGGCCCAACGGCGACGCCGAGGCCAUCGGCUACGAGAUCCCCGACGUGCCCAUGGGCACGCGGCGCAAAGUGCGCGUGGUGACGAUCGGCGGCGGCGCGAGCGGUAUCAACCUCGCGUACCAGAUCCAGAAGCACAUGGAGAACGUCGAGCACGUCGUGUAUGAGCGUAACCCCGAGCUGGGAGGGACGUGGUAUGAGAACACAUACCCGGGUUGCGCGUGCGACGUGCCCUCGCACGCAUACCAGUUUUCGUUCCACCCGUCGACGGAAUGGACGCACUUUUACUCGGGAUCCAAGGAGAUCAACGAGUACAUGAACAGCAUUGUGGACGCGUACGCCCUGCGCGACCAGUUCAAAGUCGAGCACGAGGUGCUGGCGGCGCACUGGGACGACGGGGAGGCCAAGUGGGUCGUAAAGGUCAAGGGCCCCGACGGGGUCGAGUUUGAGGACCGCGCGGAUUUCCUGGUCAACGGCAGUGGUGUGCUCAACAAGUGGAAGUGGCCGGCCAUCGAGGGUAUCCACGACUUCAAGGGCCACCUCGUACACACUGCCCAGUGGGACUCGUCGUACGACUACAAGGGCAAGCGCAUCGCCGUCAUCGGCGUCGGCUCGUCGGCGGUGCAGUGUAUCCCCCAUCUGCGCACCGAGGUCGAGCACAUGACGUGCUUUAUCCGCUCGGGGGCGUGGAUCAUGCCCAUGGGCGCUGCGGCCGCGCUCGCGGGUCCAGGUGGUGCCAACAAGGCAUACACCGCCGAGGAGAAGAAGCGCUGGGCCGAGAACCCCGCCGAGUUUUUGCAGUACCGCAAAGACGUCGAGGACGCGGUCAACUCGCGCUUCAGGAUGUACCUCAAGGACACGCCCGAGCAGGCCAUGGCCAUCAACGUGGGCGCGGCGGACAUGCGCGCGCGCCUGGCUAAGAAGCCCGAGCUCGCCGAGCUCCUCGUGCCCAAGUUUGACCCGGGCUGCCGCCGCCUGACCCCCGGCAACGGGUUCCUCGAGGCGCUGUGCGAGGACAAUGUCGACGUGGUCACGAGCGGGAUUGUGCGCAUCACGCCCACGGGCCUGGUGACGGCCGACGGGCGCGAGGUGGCCGUCGACGCCAUCGUGUGCGCGACGGGCUUUGACACGUCGUACCUCCCGCGCAUGCCGUUUAUCGGCAAGAACGGCGCCGACCUCCAUAAACGCUGGAGCGAGGGGGUCACCGAGGCGUACAUGUCGCUCAUGGUGCCCGAGUAUCCCAACUACUUCAUCUCGGCGGGGCCCGCGGGGCCGGUCGCCCACGGCAGCGUCUCGCAGGUCAUCGAGCGGCUCAGCAUCUACAUGCUCAAGUGUAUCAGCAAGAUGCAGGCCGAGGGGAUCAGGGCCAUCGCGCCCCGCGCCGACCGCACGCGCCAGAUCAACAUCCACCGCAACGCGCUCAUGCCCAAGACGGCGUGGGGCAGCGGCGGAUGCUCGAGCUGGUACAAGGGCGGCACCGUGGAUGCGCCCGUCGUCGCCAUCCACGCGGGAAGCAAGCACCACUUCCUCGAGAUGAUCAAGGAGCCGCGCUUCGAGGACAUGGACAUUGAGUAUGAGGCCCAAAGUCCUUUUGCAUACCUCGGUAACGGAUUCUCGCUUAUGGAGCUCGAGCCGGGAAACGACCUGUCGUGGUACGUCACCGACCCGUUCACGCAGAACAUUCCGUGGUCGCGCGAGUCGUACAAGACGUACAAGCGGUGGGAGCCCGAGGCGGAGAAGAACAAGGCGUAG